GACGCGAGCGAGUCGGAGCGGUCGGUCCUCUCGUCUCUCCCGUUGGGUUCCAUGGACAACGGACGGGAGGUGGCGUGGUGGACACAGCUCGCCGGGCGGUGCCAACAGCGUGACGCCCGCUGCCGCGAUUGGAAUUGGAAACUAGAAACUGCCCCCCCCCUCACCUCCUCACGAGGCCCCUGCUCCCAGCCUUCGUCUUCUCCCUCCUCCCUCCCCCUCCCCCUCCCCCUCCCCCUCCCCGCGUUUUUCAUUCAUCAUCAAUCAUCAGGAUAAAAAAGGCCCAGAUUCAUGGAUGCUUCCUCCCCUCGCCCUCGCCUCCGCGUUUGAGCCACAGACCCGAGCGAUCGUGCCCCGAUCCCGAUUACCCACCAAUCUUUUUCCUCCGCCAUGGCGAUCCGCCCGGACUAAUGCCUGAUUCUCCGUCCGACGAUCCUCGGUUCUUCUUCUGGAGGAAGAUUGGGGCGGAAUUCUGGUGGGGUUCGUGUGGGCGCGUAGGGCCCCCUGACGGCCUGGCCUGACGCAUCAGCGGCGAGCCAUGGCUCCCGCUCCCGUUCCAGCUCUACCUCCAGCCAUGGAUAAUAAGGAUGAGGGCGACGGUGGCGCCAAGAACCAGAACGGCAUGGUGGUGGACGAGGGCGACAGUGGCGCCAAGAACCAGAACAGCAUGGUGGUGGUGAAAUCCGAGGCUGUCUGCACGGAUGAUGGCCCUCUGGUGGUCGCUACUGAGCUUGUGAAAUACGAGGGAGGCGAUACCACUGAAUGCUCGAGCUCGUUUGGGGACACCUGCUCUGGAUUUGAAGGCGAGGCAGACAAUGGUGAACCAGAAGUGAAUUCUGGCAUGUCCGCUCAUGACAAUGGUGUUGGGCCCUCAAAGCCCCCUAGAAGGAAAAAAGUGAUGGCUGAGUGGAGCAAUUCUGUUCGUCCAAUUGAGUGGAGAUGCCACUGGUUAGAGUUGCGAAUGAGGGAACUGUCAUCUCAAGUAUCAAAGUAUGACAGGGAGCUUGCUCUAAUAAAGAAACAAAAGGAAUCAAAACAAGCAGUAAGCAAAGCAAAUGGUACUAUGUCAGAAUCGAUGCAGAUUCACAAAGGCCAUGGAAAGAGUAUCAUGAAGAGGAGAAAGAGGAAGAGGCAUGAAGAAAAUGUUGAUGCGUCCUCGUACAUCAGCAAGCACCGGAUAUUGUCAUACUACCAUGAUAAACAAAAUAAGGGAGCUGAAACUGAUGGUGUCUUGGUUGAUGACGAUUGUGUCACAGUUGAUGGUAGUAGCAGAGGUGGACUUGACACUGCUACAUUGCUUGAUUCCGAGGAUUAUGAUAUGAUUUGCGAGCAACGUACUUUACAGGAUAUUCUCCUGGAAAUUGAUGGGGUUCAGUCUCGAGUUCAAUUGCUGAAAGAUCGUCUCAACAAGGCUCAUUCUGAAGGAGAAAAUUUGGCAUUUUCUGGGGGCGAUACUCAUGUCCGGGUGUCUCGGAAGAGACAGCAUACUCAAAAGCACUCAUUCUCUUAUACAAAGUCUCGACACACUAAACCACAGAAAAAGAAGAAUCUAAACAUUUUGCUGAAGGAUGAUGAUGGACAAGCUCUUGCAGGAGGAUCUGCUUUGCUUCACAGAGAAACUGGUGCUCAUAUAAUAGGUACAAGUAGGAGUACUGAAGAAAGAAGUGGAGAGUGCAAUCACUUGAGGGACAAAGCCAUCACUUUGGACCUACUGUUGGGUACUGGCAAUUCCAUAACAAAUAGUGAUAUUGGGGAUUUAUACAAAGAAAACACUGAUGAUAUCCUCAUAGACAAUCAAGGAGCCAAUGAAGCUUGUGAGCAGUUUUAUAAGGCAAAGCAGCCUUCUGGAAGUUCUUCCAAAGACCAGAACAUUUCUGCUGCAGCAGAAAUGAAGAAUAAUUCUCCACCAGUGGAACUGAAGAACACUAGUGCUGCAGUUAAAGUUGAGAGCAUUUAUGCUCCAGUUGAAGUAGAUAGCACUUCUGCACCAGCAUUGGAGCAAGAGUCAUUCCUUGAAAAGUCACCCUCGAGGAAGCCUGUCUCCCCUGGGAACAAGCAGGAGCUGGAACCUAAGACAAGGCAGAAGAAGAAAGUCUCUUUCUUUACCAAGAAGCAGAGGAAAGAGGCCUCCAGAACUCCUGAUGCAAAGGAAAAAACUGAGGGCAUGUCCUCAGCUGCAAAGAACCAAAGGAGCACGGCCUCUGAUGUAGCAAAGGAGAAAACUGAAAGCACACCCUCUGCUGCAACAGGUCCAGGUGGAAAGAAGCGUAAAUCUGGAAUUGAACCUGCAAAUGCAGAGAAGCCAUCCUCAGCAGUGAAGAAGCAGAAAACUGGGAAGCCAUCCUCAGCAGCUACAAGGGCGCCAAAGGCUAAAAAUGCAGGCCCAGCAACAAAGAAGCAGGAGACUGAAAGCUCAUCCUCCACAGAGAAGACCGCGAGUGCCCCCCUGAAGUUGCAGGUUGAGAAGGCUGUACUGGUUGUAAAUAGCAGGAGGAGCCAAAGGGUCCGUAAGCCCAAAGUUUUUGCUGAAUGAAGAAGCAGAUAGAAUCGUCUUAGGCUCUCUGGUGUGUAUGUAUCUUGUAGCCUCGCCACCAAAAUCGGUGGCCAUAUCAACAUAGGAAGUGCUGGAUCGCCGCACAAGUUAGACUUUAGUGUACAUAUAUCAGCUCUGCCUAGGUGGAAGAAAGUCUCACCCAAAUUGUAGAUUUGUUGGUUGGUUGUUUUUAACCCUUCUCUUCUGGGGUACCAGAUUAACAAUGUCAUGCUGUGUUACCGUUAUAUCGAAAAGAAAAAAAAAGGAGAAAAAUAUGCCAUGCAACUGCAACUUGA